AUGUCUAUCAGUCCCUACGGAUUUGCUCCGAUUUCUAGGGUCUAUGGACGUGGUGCACUCUGCUUCCGCCUUUCCUGCCAAUUCACCCGUCAAUUUUCCGCGCAAUCGGCUGAACCUGCAGCCCAGGUGGUUCUGACCAAUGGCCUCCCACGUUUUCACAUCCCCUUGCCCUCGCGCAAGGAGACCUGCGUCUUUACUAUGCGUCCGCUCAGCAAUACUGUGGGCGACCUGAUCGAGGCAAUUCAGCAGGAAGACAAAGGCAUCGACCGAAUCGCCCUUCUCUCUCCAGAUGGUCUUCGCAUCGCCAAAGCCAACAGUAUUGAACUUCUCCUCUCCUCCAACUUCACGCUCGAGAUAAACGACCAAAAGUACACCGUGGACCUCUCCAGUCUCGACCUCCCCAAGCACGUCAGUUCGUCAGAGAUUAAUCACAUCCGCACGCUUAUCGGCCAAUUGAAUUGCGCGCUGAAUGCGGACGAUGUGUACGCUGAGAGGGAACGCGAAUUAAGGAGGCGCAUUGACGAUGUCACGAUGCAGCUGGAACCCUUUGAGCAGGUAUCUUUUCCCAACCUCUGCUUUUUUAUCACGCUCCGACAAAGAUACGGCCACACAUGUUGUGGAAACAGCUACUAA